AUAGAAAAGUUUAUUAUGUUUUAUUCGGAAGACAAAGAAGUAAAAAAUGAACUCCCGGAAGACAAAGAAGUAAAAAAGGAACUCCCGGAAGACAAAGACCCCUGGAAAGAAAGAAUAAACACACAUUUGGUAGUAGCUACACUCAUAAUAACAAUUUCUUUCGCUGCUGGCUUCACCAUUCCUGGUGGAUAUGAUGAUGACGAGGGUCCAAAUAAAGGCAUGGCAAUCUUAGCGAGGAAAACAGCCUUCAAAGCGUUCGUGGUAGCUGAUACACUUGCCCUGAUAUGUUCUACGUUUGCAGUACUUCUACACUUCAAUGCAACCUUUAAGCGAGGGACUAUGAGGCAUAAUGAUUACUUUAACGCUGCAAUAUUCAUCAUGAUUGCUAUGCUAGCAAUGAUGAUAGCAUUUAUGACUGGCUUGUAUGUUGUGCUACCUUUCAAAGGCCUAGCCAUAGGUGUCUGUGUCAUGUGCUCUGUGUCACUUUGCAUUUUGAUGAUUGUAUUCGACGUGCAAGGGCUCAUCGACGUGCAACGGCUCUUUGUAUAUGGUAAAAAUCAGAUAUAUCCGGUAAAAAGAAAGAAACAAUCGGAGACCGACGAAAGAAAAAAACAAUCCGAGGAAGGACAGAAACAAUCGGAGAAAGAGGAAAAAAAGAAACAAGUACGAGGAGGGAUGAAACAAGUAGGACAAGGGGUACUAUCUAUACUGAAUGCCAUACCGCGGUUUUGGGAUUAA